UUUCCACUUGAUUUAUUAUUUUAAAAAUAAAAUAAAAUUUUGAUUAUUUUGGGCAUUUUUUUGGAAAUAAUCUACAUAUUCUAAACGGAAUUUUGAUCAUGCUCUUAUCUUUGAUGGAUUCUUUUGGUUCGACUUUAUAUAGUAUACUGUUUUAGCUUACUGUUAGAUAUCAUUUGAUGGAUUCUUUUGGUUCAAAUUUGAGGCCAUCCAUCCAUUGGGUGGUAUAGGAUUUUGGGGCUGUAGAUGUAUUGCAUGCACUUUAUUUAAGAAUUUAUAAAGGAUGAAAUUGAAAUUUUGGGAUGGGAAUGAGUAAUAGCUAAUAAUAAAAAAAGAAAAAAAUUCAGUAUUAUAAACUGAAGAAGAGGGACAGAGGGCAGUGAAUAUUUGGAAGGGAGAGCAUCUUGUUAUGUGAUCAUGUUAUAAAGGAAUUUAUAAAGGAAUUUAUAAAGGAUUGUGGACUUUUUCUUUUUAUCAUAAUUAUGUAAUCAUGUUAUGUGAUAGCAUCCUGUCUUUAUUUAGUAUAUAAGUUUUGGAGUUUAGCUGUUGAACUGUGGCAGCACCAGAAUAUUACAUUUGUGUAGCAGAUAAAUUUUUAUACUAAUUAACAAUUGUGUUGCCUUCGUACAUUGAGUGUCUUGAAUAAGUUUAAUCUAACACUUUUACUUAAAUAUAAAUACCUAUUCAGUCAAAUAGGUUUUGGUUCAACGAAAACACUAUAAGUAAACCAUGUUAUUAUAUAAGUAAACCAGGUUAUUAUAUCUUUGUGUAUAUUCAUUUGUUCUUAAAGGUGUUGCUUAAAAUUGAAUAACAUGAGCAUAAGAAACUUUUAAGCUUUAUAUUUUCGUUGACAAGAUUAUGCUGAUACUUUGGCAUUAUUGCAUGAAAUGCCAAUCUGUUGUCAAUCAACUACGAGUCAUGGCAUCAUAUGCCUGAUAGUAACAAAAAUCAAGCUCUCGAAAAUAUUAAGGAUUGUGAACGAGUUGGAACUACAAGUAGGCAAAAACAAAAAUUCACGCACACAGCUAGGUCAAAAAGUUUUACUUGUGUAGCUGAUGACGAGGAACUAUCGUUUGGUCAAAAACUUGGGCGCCUUCAGCUUUUUGACAUUACACAUAGAAAGAAAGAUGGAUCUCCUAUGACUACUGAAGUUGUAGAAAUUAUGCAAUACAUGUCUUCGGCGAAUCAGGCUCAAGCUGAAGUUCAGAGGUUAAGAGACCAGAUGACUCAGAUGCAAGCGAGCACAGUUGAACAAAUUGCUCAACUUAAAGCGGAGGAAGCAUUGAGAGAAGCAGAGGCUCAAAGAAAAUAUGAUGAACUCCAGCUACAACUUAAAGCGGAGGCAGUAGCGAGGGAAGUAGAGGCAAGCAAAAAAUAUGACGAACUCCAGCUACAACUUCAGAAUAUGAUGAAGAUGUUUCAGUAGUCACAGAAUCCGCUAUCUUAGACUUUUGUUUAUUUUCUGACAGAAAAUUUUAAUUAUAAUUUUCUGUCAAAAUUUUAAUUAUAUGACAAAAAAUCAUAUAUUCAA